AUGGGGAACCAGAUUACUAAAGACGACAAAAACAUACUCAAGCAGAUAAAGAUACAUUCGCAAUGGGAGGGCAAGGUGAAUAGAUGCCCCUUGUCAAAGCAAGUGAAAAACUACGAGGAUGGCUCGUGCUAUCAAGAUACUUUACAUCACAGAGCGGUCAAGAAACAGAUGUGCACAACUAAUGUUUGUGAGGGUUCUAUUAUGAGUUCAAAGUCCCUGAUGCGGUGUCCCUCCUCUACUCUGCCAGGCUCCAAUGAAAUCCUUGUGCAAGCUAUUGACUUCAUUAAUCAGUAUUACAAGUCCAUUAAAAACACAAAAAUUGAGGAGCACCUGGCUCGUGUGGAGGAGGUUUCCACACAAAUAGAUGCAACGGGAUCAUAUCAACUCACAACAAAGGAACUGGAAUUUGGGGCUAAGCAGGCUUGGAGAAACGCACCGAGAUGCAUUGGCAGAAUACAGUGGGCUAAUCUGCAGGUGUUUGAUGCACGCAGAUGCAGAACAGCAGCUGAUAUGUUCCAGGUGCUGUGUGAUCACAUUCAGUUUGCCACUAAUGGAGGCAACCUAAGGUCCACCAUUACUAUAUUUCCACAAAGAACCGACAGCCAACAUGAUUUUCGCGUAUGGAAUACGCAACUUAUAAGAUACGCCGGUUAUAAGAUGACAGAUGGCACAAUAAUAGGAGAUCCUGCCAGUGUUGACUUUACAGAGAUUUGCAUCCAGCUUGGAUGGACACCAAAGUAUGGUCUGUUUGAUGUGCUUCCACUGUUGCUACAAGCUAAUGGAGAGGACCCUCAGCUUUUUGAAAUUCCCGAACAUUUGAUUUUGGAAGUUCCCAUGGAGCACCCACAGUGGGAAUGGUUUAAGGAUUUGAAUCUCCGUUGGUAUGCAUUGCCCGCUGUGUCCAACAUGUUGCUUGAGAUUGGUGGUCUUGAAUUCACAGCAUGUCCUUUUAAUGGGUGGUACAUGGGAACUGAGAUUGGAGUGAGGGACUUUGGUGAUGCCAAACGCUAUAAUGUUCUUGAGCAAGUCGCUCGUAGAAUGGGCUUGGAGACGCAAAAACUCUCUUCACUAUGGAAGGAUCAGGCCUUGGUGACCAUCAAUGUCGCAGUGAUGCAUAGUUUUCAGAAAAAUAAGGUCACCAUCACCGACCAUCAUUCUGCAAGUGAGUCCUUCAUGAAGCACAUGGAGAUGGAGGUACGCCUGCGUGGAGGGUGUCCAGCUGACUGGAUCUGGCUGGUGCCACCAAUGUCUGGUGCUUUAACACCUGUGUUCCACCAGGAAAUGCUGAACUACAUCCUGACACCAUUUUAUUAUUACCAGCCUGAACCGUGGUUGACGCACAAGUGGAAUAACAAGAGAAAGAAAGCGAGAAGGCAUAUAAUCAGCUUCAAAAGCUUGAUAAGAGUUGUGCUCUUCUCUCAAAGACUCAUCAGAUCAGCUUUAGCCAAGCGGGUGUGCUGUACCGUCCUCUACGCUACAGAAACAGGGAAAUCUCAGACCUUUGCUAAGAAGCUCAAUUCAAUGCUAAACUGUGCCUUUAGCUCCAGGCUUGUCUGUAUGGAGGACUACAACAUCAGUGAACUUGAGAAUGAAAGGUUUCUGAUGGUUGUCACCAGUACCUUCGGCAGUGGAGACUGUCCAAGAAACGGAGAGAGUUUCAAGAAACAGCUUUUCAGCCUGAGAACCCUAAAAAACAAAGUCAGGUACUGUGUGUUUGGUCUCGGCUCUCGCAUGUACCCACAGUUCUGUGCGUUUGCUCAUGCUGUGGAUAGUAAGUUUGCAGCGCUGGGAGCUCGUCGCGUUUCCCCUACGGGGGAAGCAGAUGAACUGAAUGGACAAGACGAAGCUUUCUCAACCUGGGCUUGCGCUGCUUUUAAGGAUGCAUGCAAGGAGUUUAACAUUCAAGGAGAGCUUCCUGGAUCUGACCGCCUGGUGGACUCUUGGGAUCCUCAGAAACACAGAGUUCAGAAUGACAGCUGUACAUUUGAGAGAAUCGCAGCUUUGUCUGCCCUUCAUUCUAAAACUGUGGUUCCCUUGAAGCUGAAAAGAAGACAUAAUCUACAAAGCCCGCAGUCAAGUUGUUCUACAAUAUUGGUGGAGUUGGAGAUGGAUGGGAAUGCUGAGCCCUUAAAUUUUGUCCCUGGAGAUCACAUAGGGAUUUUUCCAGGUAACUCACCUGAGCUGGUGGCUGGUAUCCUCAAGCGCAUCUUCAAUGCCCCUCCUAUCAACCAGAGCCUUCGUUUGGAAUUCCUCAGUGAUUCUUACCCUGAUGGUGAAAAGUGGCAGAGAGAUGAACGAUUACCCCUGUGUCCUCUUGCCCAAGCCCUGACGUACCUUCUGGAUGUCACCACCCCACCCUCACAAAGCCUGCUCCGUAAGCUAUCAAAAAUGGCAAGACAAGACGACCAUCGCCAGCGUCUACUGGCAUUAGCAACAGAGGUUCAGGUGUAUGUUGCAUGGAAGGACUUCCACAAACCAACAUUCCUCGAAGUGGUGGAGGAGUUUCCCUCACUGGAACUGAAUGCUGCCUUUCUCCUGAGCCAGCUACCUCUGCUGAGGCCACGCCUCUACUCAAUAAGCUCUUCCCCUGACCUCCACCCUCACGAGCUCCACCUCACUGUGGCCGUGGUCAGCUAUUACACACAGGCAGGAAAGGGUUCACUGCAUUUUGGUGUCUGCAGUACCUGGCUUAAUACCAUUAAAGAAGGAGACACAGUGCCCUGUUUUAUCCAUAGCUCGGAUGGGUUCCACCUCCCAUCUGACCCCAGCACUCCCUGUAUCCUUGUGGGCGCUGGGAGCGGCAUCGCUCCCUUCAGAAGCUUCUGGCAACAACGAUUCCAUGACAGCAAGAAAAGAGGUCUGAAAGGAAAUCCUAUGACACUGGUGUUUGGGUGUCGAAGUUCAGAGAAAGAUCACCUUUACAAAGAAGAGACUCUGGACAUGCAAGAUAAUGGCACUCUGGACAUUAUUGCAACGGCCUACUCUCGACAAGCUGGCCAACCUAAGGUUUAUGUUCAGGAUGUCCUGCGAGAACAAAUGAAUGACAAGGUCUUUGAGGUUCUGCAUCAGAAUCGUGGUCAUCUGUACAUAUGCGGGGGCUUGAACAUGGCCCGUGAUGUGGCCUCCUCAAUUCAAGAAGUCCUGGUCAGCUGGUUAGACAUAAGUCUCGCUCAGGCUGAAGAAUAUCUUUCAAGGCUUAAGAAUGAGAGGCGCUACCAUGAGGACAUUUUUGGGUCCUGGUGCUGA